CUUAGGUUGGAGUUUGCGCAUUACACAAGUUACGGGGCAGGGUUUGGUUUGUUGUUGCAGGAAAAAAGAGGUGAAGAGAUUAUUUAAGUGGAGCUGUCGUAUGAGGUUGCUAGGUGUGCCCCUCCCUGCGAUGAGAGUUGACCAGGUCCUCAGCACACCCUCCUGCAGUUGAUGGAUCUGCAGCUGGUCUGGAGAUGACAGACAGUGUCAGGGCCUUCCUCCGUAAUGUUGCGACGGGGAUUAAGGACUCCAUUUUGGGGAUCGGAACUAUCUCCAAGCUGGAUGCCCGCAUCCAGCAGAAAAGGGAGGAGCAGCGAAAGAGGAGAGCCAGCGGGGCCCUGGCUCAGAGACGGACCCAGAGUGAGGAACGCAAACAGGAGAGUGAACCCAAAUUAGCCAGUAGGAUUUUUCAGUGCUGUGCGUGGAAUGGGGGAGUGUUCUGGCUCAGUCUGUUCCUCUUCUAUCGGGUGUUUAUUCCACUGCUGCAGACUCUGACAGCAAGAAUUAUCGGUGACCCCUCACUCCAUGGUAACGUGUGGUCCUGGCUGGAGUUCAUAUUGACCUCCGUGUUCAGUGCUCUCUGGGUGCUCCCUCUGUUUGUGCUCAGCAAGAUAGUCAACGCCAUUUGGUUCCAGGACAUAGCUGACUUGGCGUUUGAGGUGUCUGGUCGGAAAGCCCAGCCCUUCCCCAGCGUCAGUAAGAUUAUCGCUGACAUGCUCUUCAACCUCCUCCUCCAGGCCCUCUUCCUCAUUCAGGGUAUGGUUGUGAGUCUCUUCCCCAUCGAUGCCAUUGGACAGAUGGUCAGCCUUCUUCACAUGUCUUUGCUCUACUCCCUCUACUGCUUUGAGUAUCGCUGGUUCAACCAUGGCAUUGAGAUGCACCAACGGCUGUCCAACAUUGAGAGGAACUGGCCCUACUACUUUGGCUUUGGUCUCCCCAUGGCUCUAUUGACUGCCCUCCCCUCUUCAUAUAUUAUAAGUGGCUGUCUGUUCUCCAUCCUCUUCCCUCUGUUCAUCAUCAGCGCUAACGAGGCCAAGACCCCAACAAAGUUAUAUCACUUCCAGCUGCGCCUCUUCUCUCUGGUUGUGCUGAUUAGCAACAAGCUGUUCCACAAAACGGUCCACCUACAGUCGUCCUUGACUUUGUCCACCUCCACCGAGAAGCUGCCCCCCUCUCCCCACGCCUCACCUGGCCGCCAGAGACCGCUACCCUCCCAGUGAUGGCCACCAGGGGGYGACAAAGGAGCAGCUCAGCAACUGCUUAAUAAACAAAUAGAGGAGCAGUUGAUUCUUUCUGUGGACAGGAAGAGGAAUGAUGUUUGUUUGGUUAAAGGUUUUUAUGUGAUUUUAAUGAUUCUACCACAGCCCUUCAUAUUAUUUUGGAGCACCUGCAAGGUGUGUUUUUAAUGUGAAUGACGAAUGAGAUUUGACUGCCCUGUCCCUCACACUCAAACACACAGGUUAUUAUAUAUUUUUCUCAUUUAUUUUGUUUAAUAGUUUUUUUUAUGUAUGAUGUGCCAUUUGAGAGCUUUAAAUACAGCACCAGCUGUCAUAUACAUUUUGUUUUCUGCUCUUUUCAAUUCCAACUCCAAUGUUUGCUAUCUAUCUAUUGUUUAAUCUGUUUAUCACCCAGUGACUGAUCCCAUACUGAUUUGUAUAAAACACUGGAUGUGGAAGAGAAAAAGGAAAAGGUUACAUUUUUGUCAGGACUGAUGUUAUCAAUAAUUGACUUGGAUUGAAAUACGUGCCGUGCCUGUGUUCAUUUUGGGUGACGGUACUGUUUUGGUGCAGGAGCUCCACAAUACUUAUGAGAUAAUAUUUUAUAAGAGAAACAGGAGUAGAAAAUUUGUGUGACCCAAAGAAGCCUGUUCUGCUUUUCCAUUGAAGGGGGUGACAUGUUUGCGAUGUUCAAAAGUAAAGCACAAGUGUAAUUUUU